AUGGAUACAAUGCAUGGAAACGUCAUCACUGUAGAGAACCAGAUGACUAAAUUAUUUAGGGACAGCUGUGACCUGAUCCAUACCCUGAUAAAAGAGUUUAUUGUCAUGGGUCAGAGAUCGGCACAGAAUGUAUAUAAAGGGAAGCGAUUUAAAAUACUACAUUCUUCAGAAGACAAAGCAAGAGAAAUAACAUCUGUUUGGCUUCUUUAUAUUUCUGUCUGCAAGACUUGCCUCAGUGAGCCGUAUAGAGAGACUUCAGAUACAAACCUUACAAAGAGAACUCCAUGCAAGCUUAGAUCUUCUAGGCUUUGCAAAUUUAAUACAAUUUCCAAGAGCAGUAUGGAUGCCAAAUGGAGUAACAAUACAGAAAGCAAUGAAACCCACUGCAUAGUUCACAGCAAUGACUCCACAGCAAAAAUUUAUUUUAUCGUGUAUUACUUUGCUCUUCUUAUAAUUGGUUCUGGUGGAAAUAUUCUGGCACUUCACCUUUCCAUCAAAAGAAGAAAGAAAGUCAACUCAACUGACAUUUAUUUAAUCAACCUGGCAUUGUCCGAUGCUCUUUUUACUCUCUCUCUCCCUGGGCGCAUCACAUAUUAUAUACUGGAUUUUAACUGGCCAUUUGGGGAAGCCAUGUGUAAAAUUACUGCAUUCAUUUUUUACACCAACACCUACGUUGGGAUUUCUUUUAUGACAUGCGUUAGUGUGGACCGAUACAUAGCCGUAGUACAUGCGAUGCGAUUUGGUAAAUUCAGGAAAGAUCGCAUUGUUAAGUAUGUAUGCCCACUUGUCUGGUUUCUUGUACUUGUGCAGACCAUGCCACUUCUCUUUAUUCCUAUGACGAAUGUUAUCGGAGACAAAGUGACCUGCAUGGAAUAUUUCAACUUUGAAACUAUUCCUCAGCUGCCAGUUAUUCUCUUGGUGGCUUGCAUUGUUGGCUACUUUUUGCCGGUAGGAGUUAUCUUAUUGUGUUAUUUGAGAAUCACUCAUAAGUUGUGCAAAACAGUAAAAGAAAACCAGGUAAUUCAUAAAAAGGGUCAUCUUAAGACAGCAUUCACUGUUAUCAUGGUGAUCCUGGUCUCCAUUGUGCUUAGCUUCUCACCUUACCACAUAAACAUUACCCAGUUCAUGGUGAAAAGGCUGUAUUAUAAGCCAUCAUGCUCUCAGAACAAAGCUUUCAAGAUGUCCCUGCAGAUCACGGUAGCACUUAUGAACCUAAACUGCUGUCUUGAUCCUGUCAUCUACUUUUUUGCAUUUAAAGGAUAUCGAAAUAGGAUUUUAAGCAUGAUUAGAAGUUAUGUUUCAGCACCCUCAUUAUCUACUGGGAAGACACAUUCAGAAAGCAACAGUAACAGCCAGAACCAAGUAUGCACUAAAUUAGAAGAAUUAUAAGAUCAAUAUACAUUUUGUGCUUAUGAUGGAAUUAUAGUAAGUAUGAAAACCAGUUUAAUGCCUUUUACUAUAAUCCUGCAUGAAAUGACCCACUUUGUCCAUAAACGGGAUGCAUCUUACUCUAUGAAAGCACAAGGUGACUGUUAUAUGGUACAUGUUGCUCAACAGAUUGCAUAGCUCAUCAGAAAUGAUAAAAAAUGAAGUCACAUUUUUCUUUUUUGCACCUCUCAUGUAGCUCAAAUCUGUAUGAUUUAGAUGGCGCUGUGAUUUUGGUGAAUGUCUGUGAUUGGAUACAGAAUGUAUCCAUAGUACAAUGACAUGUAUGGCUUAUAUUGCAAACUAGGAUACCUUAACAAAACUGUCGCUAAUAGAAAAGUGUAUCAAUAACAUGUAAACUCUUGGACUUUUGCAGUUGAUUAAAUUGGUUUUCGUGGUAAUUCAUCCCAUUGCAACCUCUCCAUCUGCGUGUGUCAAACCAGGAGUAUAAUUUGUAGUUCAGAAACUCACACCACUGGAAGUGUAUCUCAAUGAAACUUGGAGACCAAAUACUUGGACAUCACUGUAAGGGGAGUUCUCUGUAAAUUAAAAAUAAUAAUAAUAAUAAUUAAAUAAUGAUGCAAGGAUGAGGUCACUCACUAUUAUCCCAUUUCUUUUAGAAAAAAAACAAAAUUGUAUUGCCACUGGAACCAGUAUAUAACAAAAUAUAUAAACAAGACAGUGGGCACUUGUAGGUCUUAGUUAAUUAGAAAAAAUAGUCGGUUUUAUUUGUUUAGCGUCAACAUUUCGGACCUGCUUUCGAUCCUUUUCAAGACAAGGUACAACAUGUAUAUAAUGCAAACAAUUAAUUAAUGAAAUUACUUACUCAACCUGUUCGUGUCCCUUCACUAUAAAAACCUGAACCGGGAGCUGUAAGAGUACCGGUAAUACCUGAAUAAGUGUGUUGCACUAAAGAAAUGACGGCUAGAAAUGUAAAUAUUUUUGAACAGUUCCAGGGGACUGAAAGUUAAAAGUUUCUGUAUUCUAUUUCACCAUUGUCUGUCCUACCCGGGAUAAAAUACGUGAUGUGCCAUGACAACACAUUUAUAUUAGAUCUCAUAAUAGUUACACCCAUUAAC